AUGGCUUCUACAACAACAAAGGCGGCUGCCAUGAAAUCGAUUCUGACACCGUCAAUCACUUUCGAAGGUCAUGGAGGGUUGAUUCGAUCAAUAUCCUACUUGCCAGAUGGCGAGCAAAUAAUCAGCGGAUCCCAGGAUAAGACCGUUCGGCGAUGGGAUCUGAAGGCUUGUGGAGAGAUCAAGAGCGCGCGCCGUGUUUCCGAGAAUGAUGUAUGGGUAGUGGCAGUAUCGGGGAAUGGUCGAUGGGUUGUCGCUGCUGGUGGAGAUUGGAAUAGUACGGAGCUGAAAGUCUGUGAGGUCGAGACUGGGAUUGUGAAGACAUUUGAAGGACACUCAAACCAGAUCACCUGUAUUGAUAUCUCUGCGGACAGCACGCUACUGGCGACCGGGGCUAAAGAUUUCACAGUGCGGAUAUGGAACUUGGACACAGGCAAACUCGUAGCUGGUCCAUUCGAAAGCGUCGCUUGGGUGGGCGCAGUUCGAUUCUCGCAAGACUCAAAGAAGCUCGCAGUCAGGUUAGAUAUGGGGACAUGCCUUGAGGUCUGGGAUGUUCAAAAACAAAAGUUGGAUGUGAGGAUAGGGAAGCUUUAUGGAGUCGGAGUCCUACCCGGUGUGCCAGUGUUUUGGACAAACAAAAACAAAAACAUCUUGACCGCAUUCACCUUUACGGUUGACGUUGCCUUGACGAUCUAUGAAUUCGACGCGUCGACACUGCCAGAGACUGUAGGAGCUUCCUUCGAAGGGCACACCGACACCAUUGAAAGUUUAGCUCUUUCAUUUGACUGUACUUUCCUUGCCAGUGCUUCCUCUGACAACACCAUCAAGCUCUGGGCUUUCGAGUCCCGCCAGCUCUUGGCUUCCUUCGACGCUUAUAAAAUCCACACCCUUAUCUUCUCACCAAACUCGCACCAGUUGGCGUAUACGACACACAACAAAGAUGACUACAAGAUCUACAUAUCAACACUCCACCCGACGUCCUUGCUCAGGCUAGUGUACGCAUUCCUCGCAAAUUCGACCCUUAAUGAUUUACUACAUUCUGACGCAACUCGUCGUCCUCCUGCGGGGCGCCUUAGACAACCGAUAUCUGUCAUACCUAGACCGCAAAGACCUCCGCCUACAAUCGACUCGCAGCAACCUGCUUUUGUCCGCAUCCGCAAACUUCUUCACUUCUCUUCUCGUACGAAUGUGACACCUCCUGCCCAACCUCGUAAUCCCUUGGAUGUCCCCGCUACAUUGCCUCUACCAUCCUCUCUCUCUGGGCAGACCGCAACUCGGUUUGAUCAUUUCGAAAUGAGUUCUCCGCCUCACCCCUCAAACCGAGUCACGCAGUUCCUACGGCAGCGUCUCUCAUUCCUUGUACCAAGACACAGCCUCGUGCCUCCAGUGGUUGAAGUCGCACCGGGACGAAAGGUCACUCGACUCGCUGCUGCCAAACUACCGGAAUACAAGAAAGUAGACGAUACCCGACAUCCGUCUAGCCAGCAGGCUACCAUGCCGCAGGAAAAUGACUCAACUGACAUUGAUUCGCUCCCAGAUGUGCAUUGGUGCAAGGCAUUCCUGUGCUAUUAUUCGUGCUGGUCUCACGGUAGACUGAGGAUGCCUCCGCGAUGGCGCUUGGAGCGGGUUGACGUACCCCGCCAGGGUGACACAGCAAAUAGCAGCCAUACUGGUGCUCAUGGUCGCAGUUAA